GUCGCCUAUCAUGGCAACUAGUAACUACUCUGUUCUGGAGUACUUAACUCAUUGCGAAGUGGCGGGAUAUGCCAACGUCUUGAUUGUGAAACAACGAUGCAAGGGCUAUUGCAAACGAUCCCGCUUGUCUUCCCAGAACCAUACACAUUUAACCCUCAGCGUUGGAUUGACGAUACAUGCCGUGUGCACGGUGAUAUCCAAUUUCUCACUUUUGGCUUUGGCCGCCGAGUGUGUCAUGGUCAACAUGUCACGAAUCAGUCGGUCUUCAUCAACACGGAUCUUGUUCUGUAGGCUUUCUGCCUUUCGCAGAAUCCUGCUGCAAAGAUUGAUGCGCUUGCAUUCCAACAUAUAUGCUACUUCAUUUGAGAUAUCUUUGGAGAAGAGGAUCGAUGAGAAUGCGGUCAGGGAACUAUGCGCACCGGGGGAGUAAACUUCUCUAGGAACUUGAAAGUUCUAAUGCGGGGCGAC